CCCUGCCACCACACGUCUACUGCCCAAAGACCCAACUCAAACCAACAUCUCUCUCUGCCAAUUCUUCUACAAAGCUCACUCUCAAUUUCUCAUCUCUUCCUCUCCUCUGUACUCUCCCUUUCCCUAUUCUCAAUUUUACAAAAAAUAAAUCCCAAUUCACAUCUCACAAUUUAAAGUCUCAAAACAGAAACUUCAAAUCCUAAAACAGUAGUACAAGGCGUGCCUCCAUCUUUCUUCCUCUCGGUCUCUUCUCACCGUCGGUAAAACUCGCCGCCGCCAGCUCGUUCAGGCAACUGCCGUCCGCCACUGCCAGUCACCCCUUUAGCACCGCCCAGCCGUCGUCGCCGGUGCCUCAGUCGAGCGGCGCCGCCUCUCACAACUGAUCCGUCCCUCCCCCUUUUUUUCUCCACUCAAAACUAAUCUUUUAUUAAGUUUUCUAAUAGUUCGAUAUCAAUUGUUAAUGGUUGAUAACAUUUUUCAGAACUCUGGGAUUUUAAAAUUUCAUGGGGAUGAACUAACAUGAAUAUGAACAAAUAAUUCCAUGGAGAAAAACAAACGUCGGACUUGAAUAUACCUCUAGUUUGAUGGAUCAAAAAUUUGUGAAGCAAAAUCUGGAAACUCACGGCUGCUCCACUCCUUUGGCUAUCUCUUUGUUUUUCCCAGAAUUUGGAAGGAGGCUAAAAAUUUGUGGAAUGGUUCGGGUAUAUAUAUGUUCCCAUAUAGGUUGUAGAUUUAAAAUUGAUAUUUAAUAGUUGAUAUAUAUAUAAUAAAUUACGUGAUAGGGUUGGGUUUGUUGGAGGGAUUUUAGGGAAUGGAGAUAUGUGAUAAUAGUUUGGUGAUAGGGUUUGAAGAAAUAUAUCUGACCAAGUGAAAAGAUUUAAUUAGAUUUAUUUGUUUUUUUUUUCUCCUUUAUUUUUAUUUUUGGGGUGUUACAGUUAUUGAACAAUAUGCAUUAAUUUUAGGUUAUUCUAUCUUACUAUAGAGAAGUUAGUACUGUUGAUAUUUGCUAUGAUGAUUUUCUCCAGAUGGUCAUUGUUCCUUACAUAUUCUAAACAUAUAAAGAUUUAUACGGAAACAUCAUUUAAUUGUUUUUCGACAUGGAACAUCAUGAAUCAAAAAUAUGUUUUGCAAUGCUGUUAUCUCAGUGAUUUUUUCCUUGUAUGCAUAAGAGAAAACAAUAUCUCACAAAACUGGAUUGCUAUUUGGUUCAUUACCCAUAAGUAUCUUAGCUUUACCAAAGAAUUAAAGCUCUUCUCAUUACCAAUCUGUUGUUUGAGCUUGCAACUGAACAUGCUGUUGCAUUAUCAGGCUGGUUUCAAGGUGAAUGACCCAGUUCAAGAUGUAUUCAAUGGGCAGGAGGUGGACGUAUGGCCUCGUAUUGCAUGGAGUCCUAAAUGGGGGCUUACAUUCUCGUAUUACCGGAAGGAAGAUCUACCAUUGCCAUUAAGGGCCAAAGCAUCUUUCUCCAGGAUCUUGCCUUGGAUGGAGCUCUAGUUAUCGAUGCUGAGGUUAAAGUAGGAGGAACUGUGCACAACGCCGGAUGGGCCAUUGAAAAAGUCGAUUACAAGGAUACUUCAGUGCCUGAAGAAGUGAGGAUCAGAGGUUUCAAAAUUAUCAAAGUGGAGCAGUUGGAGAAGACAUACAACGAGCCCGGAAAGUAUUCAUUAAGCCCCUGAGAUCUGAUUCGGAUAUUGGAUAUAGAGGUCUGUCUUCAACUACUUGCAUGAUUCAGUCCCACUUUGUAUGAUUUUUGUAACAUUAUAUGCAUCAAAUAAAUUCUUGGGGCUUCUGCAACUGAUAAGAGAGUUAGUUAGUUAGGUGGGAUUUUGAUGAUUCAUGCUUUUGAAUAUAGAAUAAUGGAAGAAAAUUAGACCCUAUCUAGGCUGACUGCAAUUGUUUGGAUCCCAUUUCUGUGAUAUUUCUCCAAUUUCAUGUGGCUUAUAUUUCUACUUCACUUGUUUAAAAAAGUCUAAUUUUACAAUUGACUCGUAUGAAAUUAAAGUUUAUUUUGUGUU